GCGGCGGCCGCGGUUGCCUCCCCGCGCCCCGAGAGCGGGAGCGGCGAUUCGGGCACCGCGCCCCGCUCCAGCCCGCGUCCCCGCGCCGCUGGCCGCCGGCACCAUGGAGGCGCAGGCCCGAGGUCUGCUGGAGACAGAGCCGCUGCAAGGAAGAGAUGAGGAUGCAGCAGCCAGCGCUGACUUCUCUAGGGUGCUGUCCGAGGAGGAGAGGGAGGAGUUAAAGGCAGAAUUAGUUCAGCUGGAAGAGGAAAUCACAACACUGCGGCAAGUGCUGUCGGCCAAGGAGAGGCACCUGGUGGAGAUCAGACAGAAGCUAGGCGUGAGCCUGAUGAACGAGCUGAAGCAGAACUUCAGCCGGAGCUGGCAUGACAUGCAGACCACGGCUGCCUACAGGAGGACGCAGGAGACCCUGAGCCACGCGGGGCAGAAGGCCACAGCGGCGUUCAGCACGGUGGGCACGGCCAUCAGCAGGAGGCUGGGGGACAUGAGGUCUCACUCCAUCGGCUACUCCAUUCGCCAUUCCAUAAGUAUGCCUGCUAUGAGGAAUUCUCCGACUUUCAAAUCAUUUGAGGGGAGGAUUGAGACAACCGUCACAAGCUUUAAGGACACUGGCAAACCCACGGUUCACACGUGAUCUAAGUAUCUGACCCCACCCUCAGGCUCUCACUGCCUGAACUCCUGUGCUCGGUCGGUCGGUCGGAAGGCUUAUCGCCCAUCCCUCUUGCGCCUUUCAUGCCAGCAGCUCGGCCCACCAGAUACCGUCCUGUGUCGAGACCUCCUGAAAGCGCACGCUAUGCUUGUGUGAUUUUCCCUGGGUUUAACAGGAAUCACAUCCCACACACCUUCUCUCACACAGCCAAUGCCUAAUUUCUCUUUUCCUGCCCACCCAGGCAGUGGAGAAUAGCUGAUAAUCAUGUUUUAGGUAAAACCACCCACUUCUUCAGUAGUUACAAAUUUCUCAUUCCCCUUUUCCUCCAGUUAGCCCUUCUUUCUGUAGCUUGUCUUCUGCAGUUUGCUUUCAAGUGCUAAAUCCUCACCGACGUUUCUGUACCACUGCUCCCCUCUGGAUCCCCGACUGCAGCUCCUGAGUCAGCACAUAUGAGAGCCCUUGUACAUUUCUGUCACAUUCCCAUUCCCAAGUCUGGCUAGAAGCUUGGUUUUUGAGACUUCUGAUGGGCACCGAGAUCCUGCCGUGCUUAUAUUCCCAGAGAAGCAACAUCCUACUGGUCCUACUGUGAAGCCAGCAGCUGUGGGUCUCCUCAUGCAAUCUGACACGUCCCGUGCAGCAUUUCUGUCAAACCGGUUAUUCCUCGUCCUCAAUGCCCAAGUCUAUAAAUAGUCUGCUUUUCCAUGAAAACAUUUCCAAUCCCUCAUAAUCACAUAAAAUUCAGUCCUGCUACAUUCUUACAGUGUAUCACUUCAGAACACCCCUUGUAGUGUGGUUCUGACAGUCAGCAAGCGCACUGUUUCGUCCAGAACAAGCAACCAGAUGCCAGGUCAGCUCCUGUGAAGCCACAUUUGUGUUUGAGCCAUGUCCCAGUGACCUGUGAAGAACUCCAGCCCCACAACCACUCCACAGCCACAGCCGGCAGCCACAUUUACCGCACCUAAUUUUGAUGGAAAUAUUGCAUGGCCUGAAUCAAAACGUUUAUAAAAAGACAAGCAAGAUAUGUUAUACUUUUUGUUCAUUUGUGUGCUCUCAACCAGCUAUUUUAUGAGAGAUUAGAAAGCACAAUUCAGCCGUUCAAAUGGAAUUUUCUGCAGAGAAAAAUUAUAAUUUUAGAGACAAAGUGACAAAUUUUUGGUUGAAAACCUAUUGUGAAGGGGAGGGUCCAGGAAAAGCUUAUUUUUCCCAUGUCUGCUUAAGCCAAGUACUGUAGCCCUGACCUUAUACUGCAGAGUGCAGUCAGUAAAAUCCAUGUGGUUAGAAGCCCCGAAUUUCCACCCGCUCUUUGCUAAACUGUUUGCUUUCAAAGCACUUCACUUGUUUAGCUCACUGUUUUGAUCUGAGGGAAUCAAGGAGAGGGAAGAGCCCAGCCCGAGCCCAGAACAGAGCAUCAGCCGCAGGCACUCACUGGGCUCGAUACUGUCAGGCAAUGUUACUGGGAAACAGAAGCAGGAGAGAAUGUGCUGGUAAUAGAGCAGACUGCCUUGGACCAACCUCAUUUGUUUCUCUCAGAGAAGGAACAGGCACUGGGAGCAGGCGCAGGGGAAAGCGCCGUCCUCUGCGCGAGUCCCAGUGUUGAGACAGCGCAGGAGAGAUCAGCGCUGCCCAUAGGCUCAAGCCCAGGCCAGCUCAGCAGGUCACCUACUGUGGUGGGAGCUGCAAGCUGAGAAUGGCUUUGCAUUUUCUAAAGGUUGAAAACACCAGGAUCAGAACAGUUCAUGUGUGAGUUAAAUGGCACCAGGUUCCUGCUCUGAUGCCCGUACUUCCGCUUGGGGAACAAAGCCUUGCUCGUUGCUUACAUAUUUCCUGCAGCAGCUUUCUACAGCUGAACUCAGUAUCUUCGACCAAGACGAUGUGGUCCCCCAUGACAGUAAAAAUAUUUACUCUCAGGUCCUGUACAUAAAGAUUCUUCUGACCCAAGCAGUAUGGAAACGCUUAAGAGGCACAGAAAGAUUUCAGGGCCAAUGGGAGCAGAGUGUCUGUUUUGGAAAACAUGAACGCUUUUCAACCCUGUUGUGUGUUUGUUUCAGAGGGCGGCCCAGGCAGUGGGACACACCCGUGUUCUGGGGGAGGUCACUGCAGUGCCAGGGACGCUGGACACAAGAUGCCAGCUGGGCAGUGCAGCAUGCUUUCUGCUCUGUCGCCCUCUUCCUGGUUUCUCCACACUGUGAGCGAAUAAAGGCAGGCCAGGGAGAAGAGCAAGCACACCUGCACUAAACACGUUUGACCAUUACAUACUUUUUUCCCCCAAUAAGUUUAUUGGUACAUGUUAGGUACACAAUACAGUUACAUUCAUCAUUGGGAUCUUGCACCUUUACAUGAGUCUCUUGGUUCUUAUUUUUCCCCUUCCCCUGCCCUCCCUUCACCCCCUCCACCCUUCCCUAUUUGCAAAGACUUUGUUUCCAUUAUUUUCCUUUUCUCAUACUUUUUCCCUCCUUUCCUUUUUUGAAAGACUUUCAAUAAGAACUUUUUCACAAUAGCUAAGCAUAUUGUUAAACCGUAAGUCGAUUUCUCUGUGUUCUGUGUAGUCAAUUGCAGGCACGCAAAAGAAUCCCGGAGAGCAUCGUGCCUUGCUUGCUAAGGGCUGUUCUGACCUGAAAAGCAGUUGCCACAAAUUUAGCCCUGUGUGGAACUUGAUCCACUCUCACAGCAGAAAGUGGAAAUCACUUGCAUUGAGCCACUCAGUCCUUGUCAAGAGCCAUUUGUCAGGAAUUCAGGUUGUCCUGCUAAAUCCCAAGUAGAAAACCUGAGCGUCAGGCACAUAAGGAUGUUUAUACAUUUGCAACACUGACAGGACCCAAUCUGAGUCCAGUCCAUCUUGAUUAAAUCUGUUCUCUGGAUGAAUGCGGUAGACACUGCAACCCAGCGACCUGAUUAUCCUCUGGAAGGAUCAGAAUCCUAGAUGUAGAAGAAACAAAGAGAACGUUGCUAAAUUGUGCAAAAUAGUUUAGAAUCCUAUCACUGAGUGCAAGUACGAAUGACAUUAUGCACUGUGUUACAGGAACCUGCUUCCUGCUCUCCGAAGAUAAACCGUCUUUCUGAAUUCUAAGUAAUCAAGCUCUUGGCAUGUUAUAAAAACAUUACAAACUUACAGUGAGCUGCUGACUGCGUCUUUGCCUGUCUGCCCGUUUCAGAUGAAAGUGGGGGGGGCGAAGCACGGCGGAGGCGAUUUCGAGGAGGUCCUCAGCUCCACAGCCCAGGCCAGUGCCCAGAGUCCCCCAGGAGGCCCCUGGCAGGCCGAAGAGGGGCCGCAGUGCUAGGUCCUUGCAGCCUGCGGCCCAGCCAGAUGCCAGCCACCAGCCAGCCACGCAUGUCCUGGCGUGUCCAGAUACGGAGACCAAAAUCCCCCUGGGAAAGGCCCAGGGCUCGAUGAUGUUCUUAUUCCAAGCAGCCUCUCCAGAAAGUCGAAUAAAAUGAUUUCCACUUCAUUGGUGUUGAUGAUGGACCACGUGACCAUCACCCACAGUAUGCAGAGAUUGUCAUCUUUCCCAGUGUCCCAAGCAGAGCAGGUGCACGAUUGGUCAUGGCCCUUGUCUGUGUCACCCAGCGUAUAUUCCCUGACAUGCAGCUAUAGCUAUCUGCUUUGGCCCUCUGGUGCCUCCUUUCUGGUGGGCAUGUCCUGUUGUGCUGAGUGGAGCCCUUGCAGGUGCAGCACCUCACGCAUCUCCGUCAAGCUGCUUGUGAUCUCCUCCAUAUCAACUGUGUACGUUUAUUUAAGCAAAUAAAAGAACUGAUUUUAAGGA